UUUUGAUGGGAGUGUGAGGAGCGCAAGAUGGGACUUUUCUUCGCGUUGCUGGUAACAUUUUCCUAUUCUCCAACACUCCAUGUUUGUUGUGUGUAUGUAUGUAUAGGACUUUCGAAGAACAAUCCCUUACAUACAUACGUACAUACAUACAUGGAGAGAUGUACAAUACAGGUUGUUGGCGGAAGCCAUCCGGGAAAGCCAUUAGCUGCCUGUCUAGCACGACAGAUAGCUCCCGCUGGACUCCACGGAUGAUCUGAUAGAAAAGACGUUGCUAGUUCGCUAUGUUGCCAGCGUUGCCAGCAUGUCUACUCCGAGGGAAGGGGGGAAUAAACCACAGUUCGUGAUGUUCUGAGAUCGUCAUUGCCACCUAGAUGAUAUUAUCCACGUAGGUAUUAAACAUAAAACCUAGGUAGCUUGCCAAGAUUCACCUACAGAGUACCUCC